AGGACGACAUAUGGAAAAUCGUGUUAGAUCACAUUAACUAUUCUGAAGAUUUAACUAUUCUGAAGAUGGAAUUUAGAUGCGACGCUUACCAACAGAACAGCAAUUACUUACAUUUGAACCAUCAAGACAUCGCAGAAGCACUUGGGCUUUUCGUAUGUGGAUUUCAAAACUUGUAUGGUAUGGAAAGCCUAAUGGUAGUACUCAGCUCAACAAUGCUGGAGGGCUUAAACCAGGGAAAACGUACAGGCUGUAUACUGAGGAUUCAUUGCGAGCAUACCGGGAAUGCAGCGAGCGCUGAAGACUCUCGUAUAGUUCCUAAGAUUGAUUUUCCAAGGGCUCUACGUGCUCAGUUGAUGAUUCGUGCUUUGAGAAAGCAUUGGACAAUGAUGGAAAAUUUAACCGCACCACUUAGAGUACAUUUGGCUGAAUUUCCAGUUGAUCCUAUUCUCGGGCAAAUACUACUGAAUUGGGAUGCAGUAAAGAAGUGUGUUUUAGUUUCCAAUAGAUGUUGCAAUGAACGCGUUUGCUACACAUCAAAGGCCGAAGAGCAUUUUUCUAUAAAAUCUCAACUGUUGAAAUUUCUUAAAGGAUUCAAUAAUCCUUUUGAAUCAUGUGGACCGCAUUUUACGAAUUUAGAAGUCGUUACUCCCGACGUAGCUUUUUGCAUUCACCCACACAUCCCAGACCCAUCCCUCACACCUCAACAAUUCCGGUCUCUCCAAUCUGCAGCCAUGCUCACAAUCUGGAUGCGAUUUCGAUUGGGUGGUUCAUCCAACUGA